CAGCAACAUUAAUGGGGCCAUGAUGCAUCCUGCUCAUGUCCUCCCUGCUUAAGCAAAGGGGAUAUUAGACAUUAGUAAUGCUGGCAGGUCUGAGUGCUCUGUCUGAGCUGUAGUCUGGGGGGGCAUCGACAUGGGGAGCACCAGCAAGGUGGCCAACUUGUGGAACCGGCGCCAGAGUCUCUUCCCCAACUACAAAGUUGCAGAUUCGUCUCUUAAUCGAAGACCCUCAGAGAUUGUUUACCCACUGGCCAAGGAAAGCUGCGUGAAGACAUGGAACUCCAUGCAGGAGCUGAGCAGAGACAUCUACGACAUUUAUGCAGAGUAUGAGGAAGAGGACGAUGACAACGCCCUGUAUGGCUUCUCCAAGCAGAUUUCACCUGCCAAGAGGAACUACAUGAUCAACAUCAAUGUAGGGGGGAAGCCAUAUCAGAUAGCCUACAAGAUGGCUGCCAAGUACCCCAAGACCAGAAUAGGACGACUGGCCACUUACACUGACCACAACAUGAAGCUGGACCUGUGCGAUGACUACAUUGUGACCGACAACGAGUACUUCUUUGACAGGGACCCGGACGUCUUCCACACCAUCUUCAACUUCUACAGGACUGGCGUGCUGUGGAUCAAGGACGAGCUGUGUCCCCGCAACUUCCUGGAGGAAAUCAACUACUGGGGUGUGAGGAUCAAGAACACCCAUCGCUGCUGCCGCAUCUCCUUUGAGGAGAGGCAGGACGAGCUGAACGAUCAGCUGAAGAUCCAGAGGGAGCUGGAGGCUGAGGUGGAGAUCGAGGAGAACGAGGAGCUGUUUCACGACAUGUUCAUGGGCCGGAUGCGUCGAGCCAUCUGGAACCUGAUGGAGAAGCCGUUUUCGUCCAUUCAGGCCAAGUUAAUGGCUCUGGCCUCCAGCCUGUUUGUCCUGAUCUCGCUGGUGGCCAUGACUCUCAACACAGUGGAGGAGAUGCAGUACAGAACUGCCAAAGGUCAGCUCAGUGGCAAGACAUACUGGGAGCACGUGGAGUCCAUGUGCAUCGCCUUCUUCACCAUGGAGUACCUGCUUCGUCUGGUGUCCACUCCUGACAUCAAGUCCUUCAGCAGGAGCAUGCUCAACACCGUGGACCUGGUCGCCAUCCUGCCCCAGUACGUGCAGGCCAUCCUGGAGUUCUUCGACAACGAGGAAAACUACAUGAAGCACGAGGCCGACAUGCAGGCAGUGGGGCAGGUGGGGAAGCUGGGCCAAGUGUUGAGGAUCAUGAGGCUGAUGAGAAUCUUUCGCAUCUUGAAGCUGGCGCGACACUCCACAGGCCUGCGCGCGUUUGGCUUCACUCUGCGUCAGUGCUACCAGCAAGUGGGCUGCCUCUUCCUCUUCAUCGCCAUGGGCAUCUUCAGCUUCUCUGCCAUGGUUUACACUGUGGAGCAUGACAUGCCGAACACAAACUUCACCAGCAUUCCUCAUGCAUGGUGGUGGGCUGCUGUCAGCAUUUCCACUGUGGGCUACGGAGACAUCUACCCAGAGACCAUACUGGGUCGUAUCUUCGCCUUUGUCUGCAUCGCUUUUGGAAUCAUUCUCAACGGCCUGCCCAUAUCCAUCCUCUUCAACAAGUUCUCGGACUAUUACUCUAAACUCAAGUCCAAUCAGUACACAGCCUCCUCGAAGAAACGAGGGAGGGUGAGAUUUGCCAAUAGGACGGCGAUGAAGCUCAACCACUGGUUUGGAAGCAGCCAUGGUCCUGCACGCUGAUGAACUUAUUUGCUUUUUAUAUGUGUAAAAAUAUGCUUGCCUGUAAAACUGCAAAAAUUACAUUUGAUGAGGACAAAUACAUGUUACAGAGACUGAAGACAAGGUGUGGCCAGUGUUCUGCCCACGUGUUGUGGCUGUCUUUGUUGUUGGGCAACCAGUGAGGGAUCACAUAGGCACAUGGCUAUCAAAUAUUUGCAAAGCCAAAUGGGGAAAACAAGUGGAAGCAGUAUGACUGAAUGAUCUCUUAAAAUAUUUACUUUUCUAUACAGAAAAUAUUAUUUUUGUUACUUAAUAGUCAGAAGCAUGAAAAAGAAAGACUCUCUGUAUACAGCAGGACCUAUCUUAAAAAUGAGAAAUACAAAAAUUGUGAUUGUAGCAACACAACAAAAAGUAAUUUUCUUAAUGACAAAACUCUUUAAUCUUGUCAGUUAAACAGUUUGAGAAACAUCAUUACAACUUAUAAGUACAAUCAGCCUUCAAAUCCUCACACAAAAAACAUCUUAAAGAUUGUAUCUGUAACACUGCAUCAUAUAUGCAUCAAUUUUGGGGAAACAUGUAUGUGAUGUGUUUCCCAUUGUGUUGCCUGUUAAAGUCUAAUUUGACAAUGUUUCAUACUUAACACACGUGUAUAUUUCAAUCAGAUGAAAUGGUGUAGCAGCACACAGGGGAUCUUAUGUUUUUAUUAUACCGUAUGUCUCUCAUUACAUGUUGUGCGGCUUCAGUGAAGUUGUGAAAUCUUUCUUUUGAACUAAAUGUGUUUUUGAAAUCGUCCUCAUGAAUCUGAUCUCCAAAGCGAAAAUGUGUCAUAUUGUAAACAUCCUAGUGUUUUGGGUGAGGAAGUCGGUGUCACAAGGAAAUUUGUGAAGAGCUUUUUGCUGAUUUACAACAUAACUCAAAAAAAUACAGAUACACGCAACAAAUAUUAGUUGCUUCUAAUUGCAGCUGCAAUUCUUUGAAUCAGGACAUGCAACAUGUAGCAAACCUCCAGGCACUGGUGCUGCUUUUCACGUGUUUUCAGUGGUUUUGCCUGCAAAUACAUGCAAUACAUACCACAAUGUAUGUUAUUACUCUGUUGUCAAUAAACACUGUACUGCUCAUUUAA